AAAAACAUUUUCACUUCCCUUAUCAGUAGCUAUAAAAGAAUGUCCCUCAGUCUCUGUUUCUUACAAACAGAGCAACCAAAAUGGACAGGUUCAUUUCCCUUCUUGUUCUUUCAAUGCUGCCACAGUUUGCAGUGCCUCAGGCCGCCUCUGUGACCUCCUUCAGAGCUGUAGCGGAGAUGGUGUCAGGGCACUCAAAGAUCUUCACUGGAGAGAGUGUCCGGCUGAAAUGCAGCGUUUCUGAUCCCCACAGGUCCACCUGGGAAUACGUGUGGUUCACGGGAUCUGAGCAACCCUUGCACACUGGUGAACAACUCUUUCUGUGGAAAGUCCGUGUUAAAGACAGUGGGAAAUAUUACUGCCGGGGAGUGAGGGACACAGUGGUGGGAAAAAUACACACCCUCCAAAGUCUGCCUGUGGAGAUCACCGUUGAUGGAGGGUGGGCUAUCCUGCAAGUCCCACCUCAUCCCAGCCUGGUUGGAGACACCUUGAAGGUCACGUGUCACUUGCGAGGCAGAGCCCCACUUCAUGAAGUGAUUCUGUACAAAGACGGUGUUGAAGUUAUGAGACAAAAGGGCAUGAAUCCACAUUUCUACCUAACCAACUUGACCACGGAGGACCGAGGAAUGUAUUCAUGUCGGGCGUCCUGGGACGCAGAUGCACGUACACGCUCUGUAAUUUCAACCAACACCCUAGUGCAGGUCUUAGAGGUUCUGUCGCAGCCAGUUUUGGAGAUUGAGAAAGACAAUGACCUGAUUCCAGCACAUUCGAUGAAGCUCAUCUGCCACCACCAAUACAACGCCCCUGCUCCCGCCCCCCCAGUACACUACUAUUUCUACAAGAAUAAUAAACAACUGGGAACAGCAAACUCUGACAACCAUGUUACGGUCAGACGGACUCCGGGCCUAUACAGCUGCAGGGCCAAGGUGCCUGUGUUAGACCUCGUCAGGUGGAGUGAGCCCAAAAGCUAUGGACAAGUGACAGGACCACAGAUGUUGCCUCCAUUUCUUCAAUCCAGAGGUACAAGACCUGUAGCUCCCCCAAUCUCAUCCUCACACUGGUCCUUGCCUCAUGCACCUGAGCCAGCAACUGCCCGACCUUCUCCUCACAAAUCCACUGUAACUGCUGCUUUUAUUCAACCUACUGAAGUGCCUCAGGCCUCAGGUCUCAGGCCAAGUACUCUGCUAUCUGCAGUCCAGUCUUCCUCCAAGAUUGCUAUCACAGAAAAUGUCGACAUACCAGAAGAAUCUGUUGAAAUGUCUGGAGAGUCUGGUGACAUGCCCAAGGAAUCUGAUGAUGUGUCUCAUGACUCUCCAGUCACUGUCCCAGUGUGGCAAGUUAGCACCCAUCACAGACUGGUGCAGAAAUGAAUAAUAAUAAAUCAGAGUAGCAACUUACGGCUGCCAUGUUUUUAACUAUCAGAUAUAAAUCAUAUGUACAGGGCCAUUGUACUGCCAGUGCACACUUGAUUAACUGUGAAAUAUACAAGCUACAGAUUGCCAAGUAUCAACUCCAUGAUUUCAUCUGUACAAAACUAACUGGAUCAGUAGUGCUGAUGAUAAUAAUUAAUGCCAUAUUGGUUGAAGCAAAUAAAGCAUUCCAUAAAUGA